AUGCAUUCUUGGGCACUGCUCAGAUCAUCCUCGCUGUCGAUCCGUCGUGCCGCUGCGGCACCUUGUCGCUAUACCGCCCGCUCGAUCUUCACCCAAUCGGACGGCUCAUCUUCAGCAUCGUCGAGAUCGUUUUGCGGGUCCGGCCACGGCGAGAAUAAGAGGGGACGGUCGAAUUUGGAGUCGCUGCUUGUGAGAUUGCUGUCUUCAGGGUUCGUCGUUGUCGGGGCGGGCUUAGGGCUGUAUUUCGGGUCUGCUGCUUCUGAUCUUGCUUCUUUCUUGUCCUUUGCCGAUGAGUUGGGGGAGAAUUCGGAGACUGGGAAGAAACCCAAGUUUUUAUUUGGAGAUGCAUACAGGCGUAAAGUUUUCUUCAAGUAUGAAAAACGCAUAAGAAUGCAAAGUCCUCCUGAGAAGGUGUUUGAGUACUUCGCGUCAAUCCAAACUCCAAGCCGAGAGGUACUUAUGACUCCAGCAGACUUGAUGCGAGCAGUCGUCCCUGUAUUUCCUCCAUCUGAAUCGAAUCAUGUUAGAGAGGGAUAUCUGAAAGGGGAGUUAGUUCCCGGUGAAUUACGCUGUGCUCCUUCAAAAUUUUUUAUGCUUUUUGAUACCAACAAUGAUGGACUUAUAUCCUUUGCUGAAUAUAUCUUUUUUGUCACGCUACUCAGCAUACCAGAAUCAAGCUUUUCUGUGGCAUUUAAAAUGUUCGACAUUGACAACAAUGGACAGAUAGACAAAGAGGAAUUUAAGAAGGUGAUGGCCUUGAUGCGAACUCAUAACAGACAAGGAGCAAGCCAUAGAGAUGGACUGCGAAUCGGGCUAAAAGUUUCGAGUUCUGUAGAAAAUGGGGGUCUGCUUGAGUACUUCUUCGGCAAAGAUGGCACAGAAUGCCUUGAACAUGGCAAGUUUGUCCAGUUUUUGAGAGGUUUGCACGAUGAAAUAUUGCAUUUGGAAUUUGCUCAUUAUGACUACAUGUCGCAAGGAACCAUAUCAGCAAAAGAUUUUGCACUGUCCAUGGUUGCAUCUGCCGACCUGCAUCACAUAGAUAAGUUUCUUGAUCGGGUUGAAGAAUUAACUGAUGAACAACAGCUCAGAGACAUACGCAUCACCUUUGAAGAAUUCAAGAAUUUUGCAGAACUUCGUAAAAGAUUAAGGCCUUUGUCCCUCGCAAUCUUUGCCCAUGGGAAAGUAAACGGGCUAUUAACAAAGCCAGAUUUCCAAAGAGCUGCGUAUCAUGCUUGUGGUAUCUCUCUGACAAAUAAUGUGGUCGAUUUGAUAUUUUACAUCUUUGACACUAAUCGCGAUGGGAGUUUGAGCUCGGAUGAGUUCCUACGAGUAUUACAAAGACGCGAAGCGACAGCCUCUUUUCAACGGGAGGAGGGCUUCGGGGGGUUGUUAUCUUGCUGGUUGAACUGUACAAAAAACUGCUCUUAUUCAAAGGUGUUAAUUUAGGUAAUCUUUUGAGCCUUGGAUUUGGUAAAAGCUUAUACUUCCAUGGUUCUGUACUCUGGAGAACGACAACCAAUGGUGCGGCAGCAAACUUAGGUUUCUCUUCAACUGAAUGCCAUUUGGAGAACCUCCUCAAAUAUGACGACUAAUCUGUACUGAUGAAGAUUGAUUGGCAAGUGUGGUGACCUAUGAUUAUUUUGCCUGUAAGACUGCAGCUCUAUGUGUAGUGCCAUUGUCUCCAAAAUGGGACUGUACAGCUGG